AGUCUCGGCUGAAGCAAGCUUUGUUCUUCCACUACCUAAAAGGCGAGAUAACCCACCACCCCCUGCACUGUACCAAAGCUCGUCACCUCGACCAUCACCACCGCCACCAAGGCCACUACAAUGAGUGGAUUCCACCCAUUCGAUCUGCUUGACCCCAUCCCCCCUACCCUCUCUUACCUCGAAUCCUCCCUCUUCACCUUCCCUCCCCGCUUGUCACAGGCGCCGGCGCUGGUGGAGGAGCUCGACCACUAUCACUACCUAGGGUUCACUCUGGACCCACUAAACCCCACGUCGUUGCCACCGUUCGGUUUCCCGCCCCAAUGCCUCCUUCGCGCUCCUUCGAUCGCGCGCCUCGACCUCCUCGCCGUGAAUGAUCCCUUUGGCUUCGAGCGCUCCGCCAUCGCCUCAUUCAAAAGGCUUCGACAGCGGGCGGAGACGGAGCUCUGCUUCCGGGACCUUAGCGAUCGUGUCGCCUCGCUGGAGUUUGGGCUUGGACGGGCCCGAAGCCAGGAUGUCGACCGCAAGUACACGUGGACGGCGGAGUUCAGCGGGCCUAAAGGGCUCGGGCUCGACCGAAAGCACAGGUGGACGGCCACGGCCAAGGCGGGCGGAGAGAGGGGGGUGAAGUGUGCGGUGGAGAUCAAGGGCGUGGAGGAGGAGGAGGAGGAGGGGUUCGAUCGGAAGUUCGUGUGGGCGACGGAGGCGAAAGGGGUAGGCAAGAGGUACGAGAAGUGGACGGCGGAGUUCAAGGGGAAGGGAAAGUUCUCGCCGCUCAGCCGCACGUACACGUGGGCCGCGUCGGCAAAGCCUCGUGAGGAGGAGGAAGGUCAGGAGAAGGCGGCAGUGAACAAGGAGAAGAAGAAGAAGGGGAAAAAAGAGAAGCAAGGAACCGUCCAUGUGGUGGAGAUCGAAGUGAAGAAUCCUGGAGCCGUUGCCAUCAGAAAGGCUUUUACCAAGAGAUGCAAUAAGGGAAAGAAGAAGGAACUAUCACCACAAGACGCUGCAUUAUUAAUCCAAAUGACUUUUAGGUCUCACUUGGCCCGCCGAUCUCAGAUUCUUCGCUGCCUUCGAGAGCUGGCUGUGGCCAAAGCCAGAUUGAAGGAGAUCAGGGCUAUAUUCUAUAAUUUCUCUUACCGUAGACGUGUAGCAAAUGAUGCAGAAGAACGCCAAAGAUUCUCUGAGAAAAUUAUUGUUCUUCUCUUGACUGUAGAAGCUGUUGAGGGACCGGAUUACAUGGUGCGGGCAGCAAAAAAGUCAAUGGUUGAGGAACUCGAAGCAAUGCUAGAAGUGGUCGAUCCACAACCAUCUGGGAAGCUGGGUUCUAUGAGGCGUAGGAGGUUUGAUCUUCCCGAUGGUGGUCCAAUCUCAAAGGAAAUGAUGGCAGGUGUCGCCGAGGUGGUUGAGAUGCUUGAUCAGGAGUAAGGGGACCAUUGCUUAUCAGUGAGGUUUGAAGGACUUGUACCCAUGCUUAUGUUUUAGUACUGGUUUUAUGUUGGCCAUGGGGACUAAUUGGAGUUUUGCUGAUUAGUUUCUUGUAUGAACCUCAACAUAAACUCCUACUACCUAUUUGAUCUGGUUUGUGUUGUAAGCUGACCUGCAUCUUGUCUUCUCGCUUAG